GGAUGGUGAAGGAAGAAGCCUCCCCCGCCCCACGCCGGAGAGCAAAGUUACCUGCGGCGUGAAUUGGAGCAGGAUUUCGUAGUAACUUUGCAAACCCUUUUAACGAGGGAGGAGCAAGGGAGGACCAAGCCUAGAGCUCCUACGAGGGGCAGCUGGAGCGGCAGAGAUUCCCCCUCCUCCCCGCUUCCUACAAGCCCAUCGUUUUGCACGGUUUGUUCGUCCGCCGAGCUGGGAUGUGCGUAGCAGGGCGCCCUGGGAGAGAAGAGAAAAGAUGCAGAAGAUGGCAUAGCAACGGAUCCAAUCUUCCACCAAACUGGGGUCCCUCUGUGCACUGCAGUUGGACUGAUGUGAAGCUUUUGUUUUGGACUGGAGGAGCUUGCCCACAGCUUGUCCUGAAAUCCAUUCUCUCCUAAUUCAUGAGCCAGCAGGAUGUGGUCGCCGUGCUUUCAGAACGCCUUCUCAUAGCUGCAUACAAAGGGCAACUGGAUAAUGUUGUGCAGCUUAUCAACAAGGGUGCCAAGGUAGCCGUUACCAAGCAUGGGAGGACACCUCUCCAUCUUGCGGCUUAUAAGGGUCAUCUCCGCGUUGCCCAGAUUUUGCUCAAAGCAGGCUGCGAUGUGGAUCUUCAGGAUGAUCCUGUGGAGACCAGCUCUGUAGAGUAUGAAACCCCAAGAAGUAACUCUUUCCUUCUCCCUGCUAAUCCUGCAAGCCCUUAUUGGAAUCCUGAUGCCAUCUCUGAUUGGUCAAUGAGUGUUCAUACAGCACAUACCUCAGAAAUAGUCAAGGGAAAAGUGGCCCUGGUUACAGAAGUCAAGGAAGAAAAAGAUAAGAAAAAACAGAGGAGAAAGGCUAGAAAAGAUCCUAGAAGAUUGCAAAGAGAGAAGGAGGGUGACCAGACAGCUUUGCAUCGAGCGACCGUUGUAGGGAACACAGAUGUAAUAGCAGCUCUUAUCCACGAAGGCUGCGCUUUGGACAGACAAGACAAGGAUGGGAACACAGCUCUCCAUGAAGCCUCUUGGCAUGGAUUCAGCCAGUCUGCCAAACUGCUUGUUAAAGCAGGGGCAAACGUUCUUGCCAGAAACAAGGCAGGUAACACACCACUACACCUGGCCUGCCAAAACAGUCAUUCCGAAAGUGUUCGGGUCCUGCUGCUUGGAGGCUCUCGGGCUGAUAUAAAAAAUAAUGUGAGUGUUACCAAAAAUGUAUAUCUGUAG